ACACAUCACCCCAACUUCAACCAACACCACCACCCAACCCAACACCAAAAAAAUAAAAAAACAAAAUAAAAACAGAAAACAACCAACAGCCUAACAGAAAACAACCAGGUCUCCGAUCGAUCGAGACACAGGACAAGCUUGAACAACUUGGAGGGGAAAACGAAGCAUUGGAAACACAUUCAUCAUGACACGCAGCAGUCGGAUACGCAAACCAUCCCAGAAGGCCAGGGAGAUAGCAGAAGCCGCCCUCCUCCUCUCAUCAUCCAAAACCACACCCUCCUCAUCCGGCGAUCAGUCCAAGAACUCAUCAAACAAAUCAGCCCGUCGAUCGUCCAACCAAACAACCGCCGCCACUGGCAGGAACCAGUCCUCAUCAUCAUCCGUCAGAGCUAAGGUCAAGAUCGGACGGAAGAAGGGACGGGCAACGAUCAACUCGAACGGCGACGUUGACGUCGAGGAAGAGGCUGCUAAACUCGGUAAUCAGAGGAGAAGGACUAACUCAAAACAACAACCUCAACAACCACAAGAAGAAGAAGAUGAUGAUGAUGAUGAUGACCAUGCUACUCAGCCUUCAAACUCAAACGAUACCGAAACCGAAGAGGAUCCGGAUGUUUUGUAUUGCAUCUGUCUUGGCCACGACGAUCAUACACCAAUGAUUCAAUGCGAAGGCUGUGAAAACUGGUUCCAUUUCUCUUGUAUCAACUUGGAUCCCACUGAGGCUCAAAAGAUCGAAGCGUUUUAUUGCCAGCUUUGUAACGCAAGUGGAAAUGGAAUCACUCGGAAGAUCGACGAAGAAAACCCGACAACACAGCCUGAGCAAACUCCCAGUGUCGCUCUGAUACCAAAUUCGUCGAAUCGGACUUCGGAGAACCUUCCUGAAACUAUCCCCAAAUCUGAGGACGGCACUCCGGGGGACUCGACUGCCGAAACGGUCCCUCGUCUUCCGAGUCCCCAACCGGUCGAUCUUAAGCAUGAAGCAGCUCCGCCUGUGCCUACUUCCCGGGAAGCUGUGAAGCACGAAACAGCUCCGUCCGUGCCUACUUCCCAUGAAGUCGAGAAGAAGGUCCUUUGCGAUUCCAGCAAGGACAACCAACCCGACGGUCCAAGUCGAUCAUCGGUUGAGAGCAUUACCGUCCAGCCACCACAAUCUACCAAAGCAACUCGCCGGAAACAGAGACUGGCCGAAGGUUUGAGUAGCGAAGGAGAGACUUCUGAUGAAGAUUUCACGGGCGAAGAGUCUUUGCGAACGGUUGACAGAAAGCGCAAGACUCCUACGAGCGUAGAUUCCCGUCCUUCUACCCAACCUCGAAUUUCGACCAGUACCCCCUCCAGUACGACCCCCUCGACACCAUCAACACCUGUGUUGGGUGUCGAAAAAACUCGAAAGGCAUGCAUCGAACAAUUCUUUAAACUGUUCGGGCCUAUCUUCUCGAAAAAUUUGAAGCAAGAUGAGGAUGCUGCCAUGCGAUUUUCCGAGGCCGUCGAAUUAGAGCUAUACGAAAGUUUUGGCGAGCUUGAUGCCAAAAACCAAAAAGUGCCUCGACGGCAGUACAUGACCAAACUGAGGUCGUUGCUCUUCAACCUAAAAAACAAUCCUGCCUUUCUCAACAGUUUGAGUUCCUUGGAACUUUCCCCCAAGUUAAUCGUUUUCAUGUCCAACGAGGACUUGCAAACCCCAGAACAAAAAGCUUUAGCUGAGCAGGUUCGUCAACGCUCAUUACAUGACAGCGUCAAAACCCUGGAUCCCGUCCUUGAACCCACCACCUCACCCCAGGCAGAUGAACCUAUCAUCGGGAGCCUUCCCCCGUCAAAAGCUGCUGAAAAUCAUGUAGCUGUAGAUCAGCCACAGUCUGCCACCACCACAGAACAAACCCCAAUCGAAUUGAACCAAAGCCGGGAAAAUCCAUCGAGUCCCUCAGUUCCCCCACCAGCUCAGGUGCCUGUUUCCCAAUCUCUGGAGCAAAUUCCACUGCCAGAUCCACCCUCCGUCACCCAGCCGGAAACCAGUGCUGGUCCAGAUAAGCCAGUCGAAAGCUCCCAGUCAUCACCUUCCGCCGCCCCCUCUCAUCCAGAGAAUGCGACGACGAAAUGCAUCACUCCCUCCUUACUCAGCUCAUUCGACUUGGAGAAAGUAUUCGCAGCGAUCAGAUCUGUUCCGCCUCCUCAGAUAACUGUUUCAGGGAGUGAUAGUACAGCAACAAAGUCUCAAUCGGCUGGAGGUGAGGUCCAAAAAGAGGCCAAAGAAGGAGACUCGGAUGAUAGUAUGGACCUGGAAAAUACUCCAGAACGCGAGGUGGCGACAGGAGACGGUUCGGGAACGGUGAAAGCAGAGGUCAAAGAGAAAAACUUACCGGAUGAUUAUGAUCCAUUUGUUGUAGCCAAUGGGGUCGAUGCAGAUUUAGAGGCGAUUCUACAUGGCGAUCAACAACCAGGAACUCAGAAUCGACCGAAUGGAGAGCCCUCAUCGAUCAUCAAGGAAUCAGAAACUCAGUCAACUGGCAAUGCUCAAGCCAUGCCAAGUGUCUGGACGGGCAAUGUGAUGACUGUAGACGUUGGUGGAUUUGCAGCUUGUGCAGUCCAGGUUGGCGGGCGCCCAAUUGGUACGGAUGGACUUACAUGGAGUAAAUUAAUUCCAACUGACACGAUGGCUGUCGCUGGUAGACUACCAGUAAAAGAUUCCACGAACUAUCUUGUACAAAGUCACUUUGCACCUUCUCGAGAAUUGAUCCUCUUGGAAUUGAAGCCAAAUCUAAAUGGACCGCCUGAGCUACCCAGUCCGGAACGGGUCCUUCAACACCAGCAAAAUCUGAUAGAGUUCUUUACGAAAAAGGGGAGGCAUGCGGUAGUAGCGGUUAAUGAAAAGGCGAAGCAAGCCGUACGGGAUAUCUAUCUAGUACCCAUCUUGAGGCAAGAUCCUCUCCCAGAAUUUGUCCAACUCCUAGACGAUGUGAGUAUUCCCGAGUCCACACCCAGAGCGAGGGAUAUGAUGGUUGCGGUGAUGGUCUUGUCGAAAGGUGGGGCCCCUUCCGCCUGGAAGUCAGCACCCACCCUCAUGAAUCCCUCGACUAGCAGCAGCUCUGUGUCCGUGCCAACACCGAAUCACCAAGCUCAGGUACAAGUAGCUCCACCACUCACCAGUUCCGCGCAAAACUUGGUCGGCGCAGCACAGUCAUUGUCUUCUUCGGCAUCCAACCAUGGCCGGUCGCCUGCGCCGGUUAACUCCUCAUCCUACUCUUUGCCAGCUCGGCAACCUCCCAAUCCAUCGGCGCCCAUCGAUCCGAUUCCCCUGCUUCAAUCACUUAGCUCUAAAAUCUCAUCAGUCUCAUCCCAACUAGCAUUUCCCUUACUCUCCCAAAUAGCUCCAUCUGUCUCGACGACUACUCCCGGACCACCACCAGGCUUUGUGCCUUACGUCCAACCUCAACAGUCGAAACUACCCUCAGUUCCCUCAUCAUCAUCGACCCCUGCUCUGAAUGGUCUCGACCUAUCGAAGGUGGAUGUCAGUGCACUUCAGGCGCUCCUCUCGCACCAACAAGCAUUCAAGCCGAUCUUAAGCCAUCCCCAGCCGACCGCGAUCCAGCCGACCAACCUGCAUCUCGCCCCGGCCUCGGCAUCUACGAUCAACCAGCCCGUGCACCAUCCCAGUGUGGCCCCGGAGCCCCGGACAAAUACCGGACGACAUCCCGGUCUACCCGCGCCACCCCGGCCAGCCAAUCUACCCCUGAACCCACACUUUGCACACCAAGCUGCACCCUCAGUCUCCGACUCUUCUUCCUCCCCGCCGCCUUCCGUCCGACACCCUUCUUACCCACAGUCUCAACAACAACAACAACAACAGUCAUCAGGAUGGCCUACAUCAGAUCAUCAGCAUCAUCCAUCUUCUUCUUCUUCUCCUACUGCGGCUCUUAAACGCCCCGCCCCGUUCAUCCAUCCUUCCAGAGAAAAACAACACCGGAAAGGAUUGAUGCGGAUGGGCGACGUCAUCAGAUCGAGUCCUCCCGCCCCGCAUGAGGACCCCCGUCGCAGAACCUCCUCCUCCGCUUCCGCUUCUUCUCUUAACCAUCAUCAUCAUCCUCAUCAUCAUCCUGUUCCCCCCUCUUCUCCUAAUUCUGUCUUCCUUAAUCAUCAUCAUGGCCCUCCUCAGAAUCAUGGUCAUCCUCAGAAUCAUGCAUCUGGAAGAGGCUCUAAACGGCAUUCUAACGAGUUCGUCGCUCCUCCUAGAGACGGCGGUUGGGCCGGUAGAGGCAGAGGUCGCAAAUUGGCUUGAUUGGGGUUCGCCAACCACGCGGGGCUCAUGUUCCUUUUUCUUUUCUGGUUCUUCUCUUUAAUCUUUUUCCUUUUCUUUUCUAUUAAUGUCUGGUUAUCACUAUCUUAUCUUUUGGCCCUCUCUUUCAUUUUCAUUUGUUUCUUCCUCUCUUUCUUUCUCUCUCUGUUUGUCUGUCUCACUUCAACACUUUGGUUCAUACACCUUCACUUUCUCUCUCUAUAUCUUGCUUCUCUUGAUAUCAACUUACUCUCCUCUUUUUUUAGUUUGGGUUUUGAAUGGUGAUAGGAUCAAUGGAGUGAGGUUUUGGCUUGUUUUUUUUUUGGGGGGGGGGCUUUUUGGGCUUUGACUCAUUUUAAAUUGGUUUCUCUUGGGUUUCAUUUCAAUUUUUUGUCUGGGGUUUUUUGAUCCAGAAGAUGAAGAAGAACAAACACUUAUGUUCACUCAGUUAUAUAUAUUUAUACACAUUUUUUGUAGCUUGUUUUUUUUUUUUUUGGUGGGUGAUGUUUAGUUUACAUAUAUUUAAAAAAUCUCUGGUGAUUUGCUUGUUUGCUGUUCAUCAACAAUACAUCUUAUGUGAUGAAGUUUGUUAUAUUAACAAGUGCAUCAAUUCUAUAACAAACACUUCAUAAAUG